AGCGUGGUUCUUUUAACUUCUUUCUCCUGGUGACAGCGUCGUUCUAACAAGGUAUAUCGAAACAGGCUUGAGAAACCAUCCCAGAGUUCCUUUGAGAGCGUCUCUGGUUCAUCUUCUACAGACUUUCUAUCAGAAGAUUGUUCUUUGUACUCUUUCAAAUAAGAUAAGGAAUAGUAUAGUUAUACUUAAUCAGCACACUUUCAAUCACAACAUCUUUCAAACAUUCGCAUAUCAACAAAACUUCUAGUAUUAUCUUCAAUUGUAACUCCAAGUACAACGUACUAUACGAACAUUAUAAAUCACCAGAAUCGAAGUGGAAAAAUGAAGGUGAGUACAAUUGCAUCGAUUCUUCUUUCCGGUGGCCAGUUGUUGGCACCGGCCAUCCGAGUCCGGCGACAGCGUGUCGCUACAGUAGUACUCAAUAGACGGCGACGUCGGAACCCUCCAGGAGACGGUCUACCGCAACCGUCACACUUGAAUCCUCUGAAGACGCCGGUAUUGCUUUCCUAUUUAGGAAGAUUCGCGUCUACUGUGUCUGUGAGCAUCAUCACUAUCUAUCCAUUAUUCGAACUCGGUAGGUUGGUGAUUUUUUCAGAAUGAAUGGGGUUGGGAUUGAUGAAUCAUGUCUUUUUUAGGUACUUUUUGAUCCGGUGGUGCUGGUGCAGUUGUGAUAGUAUCUAGGUCGCCGGUUCUGUUGCAGACAGUUUGUUUACUAGCUCCCCAUUCUUAGACGUAAUUGGACGUUUAUGUUCAUCUUGCACUGUUCUGCUCUCCGCUUCAAAGGUUCCGCUUCUAGACUGUCUUCAUAGCGUAGCAGGCACAACGAACUAGAAACUUCAUCCACAUUAUUUAAAUAUUGAGAUCUGCUUAAUUAUUAUUGAUCAACGUCAAACUUCUACAACAGGUCCUCGACUUGCGUCGUGAGUCACCAGAAGAGUUGCAAGCGCAAGUUUGGCGAGAUGAGAUGAAUAGCAUCCUCGCACUACCCGUUGAUACAGAAGAAGAGCGGAAUACGAGGUACGAUGCGAUUGAGUCUUUCGAAUCCCGUCUCCGGGAUGGACUAGACACGCCAGGAAAUAUCAAAAGAAAGCUUGUGGCAGAUCUGGAAAGAGAAAUCGGGGAAAUGUGGCGCGCGGAGUUCACGGAAGUCAUGAAAGGUCCCACAGACGACCUCGCUGAGGAACUAAAGGAGAUAGAACAAAAACUGAAUGAGGGAACCAAUUUCAUCCCUGACGCCGAGACCAAAGAAUAUAUCCUGAAAGCGAUCGGCGAGCAGAAAGUCAGAAGUUGA